AUGAUCUUCAAACCAAUCCUUGAAGAUAAGAUCCACACAAUAAUGGAGAUAUUCAAGAAGGCUGAAACCGUGCGUUUACGUAGCUACCACGACAAGUACCUUCUAGCAGAUGACGACGAAGAUUCCGUGAACCAAGACAGAGACGGACGUUGCAUGAACGCAAGAUGGACGGUGGAGAUUCUAGAAGAAGCAAACGUGAUCCGUCUCAAAAGCUGUUUUGGCAAAUACCUAACCGCUUCAAACAUGCCAUUGUACCUUGGCAUGACAGGUAAAAAGGUAACGCAGACGCUUCCACGGCGUCUAGACUCAUCAACUGAAUGGGAACCCGUUAGAGAAGGUGUUCAAGUUAGGCUCAAGACAAGGUAUGGGCAGUAUCUUAGAGCUAAUGGGGGUUUACCACCAUGGAGAAACUCAGUCACACAUGAUGUUCCUCAUAGGACAAGCACACAGGAUUGGGUCUUAUGGGAUAUUGAUAUUUUGGAAAUAAGAAAGAAGAAAUCAUCAUCACCACCACCAGUGGAUGUACCAGAGCCACAACCUUUUAAGAUUCUGCCGCCUCCGCCGCCACCACCAGAGCUUCUGAUGGAAACAAAAGAUGAUCAUGAUGAGGCCAAUUCACCCAAAGGGUUCUCCCUCAAGUCCCCAAGAUCUUCUCACACGGAGGUUGAUGAUAGAGUCACCUCACCAGGAAAGGCAGAUGGGAGACUAAUCUAUUACAGGGUUGGGGAUGAAGAUGGGAACGUGGAUGAAAGUGGAAAGGAAGAGCUCUUCUGUUUCAAGGGAAUGGGACUAGAGGAGCUGAAACAGAAGCUUGAAGAAGAGACAGGUCUGAGUGAUGUAUCAAUCUGUUCCAAGAACCCUUUGAACGGAAAAUUGUAUCCUCUUAGGUUGCAUCUCCCUCCCAACAACUCAAAGAUGCAUGUCGUCUUGGUCCCUUCCUCUUCAAAAGGGGAUGAUGCAAGCACUUCUUGA